CAGAUCAGUUCAAGUGUGUUUGUGUUUACUGUCUGUUCUUCUCUUCACUGCUGUAAUGGUCAUCAGUAUCUAUUUCAUCAAUGAGAGAAAACAACUACUAACACACAACUAUAACUUGACUAAAGAAAAUGACAAAUUAUUUAAAAAAUACAGCGAUAUACUAAACCAGAACAGAAUCUUGAUGGAAAAAAGAGAGAAAUUCAGAAACAAGAGUUAUGAACUCCCAACUGCCGUACAAGAGAAAAGCCAGCUAAUACUCCAGAUCAAUAACUUAACCAAAGAAAGAGAUGAGUUACUUACAAACAAUACAAACCUGCUAAAUGAGAUAAACCAAUGUCAAAACAAGACCAGAAGUAUGUCUGAAGAACGAGGGCAGUUAAUCAAUGAAAAGGAAGAAUGUAAGAAAUGGUUUACUGAACAAGAUCAGCGGUCUGAUAACUUCAAGUGGAUUUAUUACAACUUCAGUUGUUAUUACAUUUCAUCUGAGUGGAGAAGCUGGAGUGACAGCAGACGAGACUGUGAACAGAGAGAUGCAGAUCUAGUCAUUAUUAACAACAAAAAAGAACAAGAGUUUUUGCAAAAGGCUACAGGUGCCUCUAAUUUUUGGAUUGGUCUGAGGAAAGCGGGACAUGUGUGGAAAUGGAUAGAUGGCACUACACUGACAUUAAGUUUCUGGAUGGAUAAAUACCCCAUAUCUUCCGGUCACAACUGUGCUCUAACAUCUGUAUCAGGGUGGUCUCAUUAUUUAUGUGAUUAUAAUAAGUAUAGCUGGAUCUGUGAAAGGAGGAUUUUACACUGAAAUACAACAAAACUCACAAAAUAACUCACCAGUACCAGCUAAUUUAGUAAUUAUGUUUGUUAAUUGUUUAUUAUUAUACUAUAUUAUUGUUAAACACAGUAAAAUCAAACUUGUAUUUGAAUUGUUUAAUAUUCUUUUUAUUUCUGUCUGUAUACUUUGGUCUAACAUCGUGACUGUAAAAUAUGUGGUAAUCUGGUUGUGUGAAUAGACUAUAUAACUGCUGUGUAUGUAGGUUUUAAAGACAGGUAACAGUUUGUGUUGACCUGUAAAUGUUAAAUUUAUGAGUGUUGAGGAUGAAGAGCCCUUCCAAAAAAUACUUUUAAACUAAAAAUAUUCUUUCAGGCAACUUUUUACACACUUCUCACAAAUAUACUUUAUGUAGUUUACACUGAUGUAAAUAAAAAAUAUAUAUUUGUCCUAUUGCCUAUUCACUGUCAGAAAACAAUUGUAAAAGUAUAUACUCAGUUGUCAUUGGGCCAGUACCCUUUUAAAAAAUAAAGCUUUAAACUAGUUCAUAUUUGUACCUUAGGAACAUAUUGGUACCAAAGUUUAUAUCUGUACCUCAAU